AUGCAGGUCUUUUUCGAUCAACAGGAAGGUGUCCUUCGGAUCAAGGGCGAGUUGAUAACAUUUAAACCCACACAUUCAACAGGAGACGAUGUGGUGCGCUUCGCCGCCCGCGAAGUCACGCAGCUCCUUUGCUCUCGGAAGGAUGACAAAGCGGCGAAGGUGGCGACUGUGGAUCAAACGCACUUCAUUCAAUUCGAUCACGCAGCCGCGCGGAAGGAAUUCGUGGAAGGGGUGGUGAAAGCGCAGGCUUCUACCAAUAAUACGAAAACAAUACACCAAGACUGGAUCACCUCGACCCUUUGCGAGGUCGCCGUUGAAGUCGGUAUCCUGAAUGAAUCGGAAUUGCACGAGAUUCUUCGCGAAGAAUCACAUCGAGGUGUGGUGCAGACAUUCGACGCGCUUGAGAGUUUGGUAGAUCGCAGCUCCUUUCGCCUCAAACCCAUCACGGAGCAGAUGCAGAACGAUGUCUUCAGGCAAAUUCCAAUUCUGGCCGUCAUCUUUGCGCAGCAUGUCGUGAAUGAGGAUACGCGGAAAAGUUUUUGGGAAGAUGUCGUGCGGAAGUACUUUUGCUUUUCCCGCACAUUUUUGGAUGACGAAAUUGAAAAAGUCCUGAAGGAAGUCGAGGGAAGAACACCGGAGACGAAUCCCUCACUCCCUACCGCGGACGCAUCCCUCAUUAAUGCCUCCUCCAUGAGUGCCCUCCCAAGGCAAGUGGCCGAAGCCGAACCAAGGGCCGACGCCGAAGUCGACGAAAUCGAGUCACUUCUGAGGCAAACGCGCGAGGAUUCCUCACAGGCGGGAUCGAUGGCCUUCUAUGCCUUCGGCGCGAGCCGACAUCUCCCAAGGUUGGUGCUUCAAUCCACCAACGUCGCCCUGGACGUUCCACCUUUGGAAGUAAUCAACCACACUUCGGAAAUCCCCCGGGUGUAUAGUGGCCGUAGCGUCCGAACGACGCUUCCAUCAGAGCCCACCCGCAAGGAAGCCCUCGAGACGCUCCGUAAAAUUUGGAGGACCCAACCCAAGCUCUGCAAGACUCUUCUGGAUCACUACAAGAGUGCGAAAAAAGACCAAGCGGUGAGCUUUAUCGAAGCUAAAUGCUUCCAAAAAGUCGAAAGUCUUAUUUAUUCACCUAACUAA